AGAAGCAAGUGGUUAGAGAUAGAAAGAGGAGUGAGAAGAAGGGUAUGGUGUUAAGGAGAAGGAGAGAUGCUUUCGGCUAAGCUUGCUCAAACUGGCCUCGUCUAUGCUGUAUUGGGCAGUUGGGGAAUACAAAGAUCUUUGAACAUCUCCUUUACUACAUUUUUGCAACACCUACCUCUUUCUCUCUCUCUCUUCACUCGUCCGAGGUUUGAGUUUCUUCUCUGAAUUCUGAACACUCAAGCUCACUCCACGACUACUCCUUUUUUCGCAUCAUCUCCAUUAUUAUUUUAUUCACAAACGAUAGAAAAACAAGACAUAGCCCCAACACACACACACACACGCACAGCAUCACUUUCUUCUGCAACCAAGGGGCAAAACAACCCAAAUAAAAUUCAGAAAAAAACAAAACAAAACAAAACAGAGAAAGAGAGAAAGUUUUAGUCUUUUGAUGUGAGAGUGGGAAUCAGAAAUCUGGGUGAGUUACUAGUCUUGUUUGUUUUUCGUUAAUGCUCGUGCACAACAACAAGGCCUUUCUCUAUAGUUAGCCGAGAAGCUAAAAUCUUUUAAGGGUCAAUCACAAGCACAAGAAUGUGGGAUCUCAAUGACUCACCCGAUAAGAGAAAGGAUGAUGAAUCCGAAGGCUGUUCUUCCCUUAAGACUUCAAUCGAUGGGGAUGAUGAUAAAGGAAAGAGGGUUGGAUCUGUUUCCAAUUCAAGCUCUUCAGCUGUGGUAAUCGAAGACGGAUCAGAAGAAGAAGAAGAAGGUGAGAGGGAGGGUAACAAAACUAUGAAGAAAAGAAGCAGCAAAAUAUUCGGGUUCUCUGUGACCCACGAUGAAGAGUACAUGGACAGUGAUCAUCCACCUAUGACUCGGCAAUUUUUUCCGGUGGAGGAGCCUGAUAUGGCCGUUGCAUCCGGUGGUAGAAGCUCUGCCUUCCCUCGUGCUCACUGGGUAGGUGUGAAAUUUUGUCAAUCAGAAACACUUGGUGCUGGAAAAUCAGUGGAAGUUUCACAACCCAUGAAGAAGAGUCGACGAGGACCAAGGUCGAGGAGCUCACAGUAUAGAGGAGUUACCUUUUACAGAAGAACAGGUCGAUGGGAGUCUCAUAUAUGGGAUUGUGGAAAACAAGUGUAUCUGGGUGGAUUUGACACAGCACAUGCAGCUGCUCGUGCAUAUGAUAGAGCAGCCAUUAAGUUCCGAGGAGUAGAGGCAGACAUAAACUUCAACAUAGAAGACUAUGAAGAAGACUUGAAGCAGAUGAGCAAUCUGACCAAGGAAGAGUUUGUGCACGUACUUCGCCGACAAAGCACUGGAUUUCCAAGAGGAAGCUCAAAAUAUAGAGGUGUAACUUUGCACAAGUGUGGAAGAUGGGAGGCUCGAAUGGGCCAAUUUUUAGGGAAAAAGUACGUUUAUCUGGGUCUAUUUGACACCGAGAUUGAAGCUGCAAGGGCUUAUGACAAAGCAGCAAUAAAAUGCAACGGCAAAGAGGCCGUCACCAAUUUUGAUCCCAGCAUCUAUGAGAAUGAACUUAAUUCUGAAUCCACAGGUAACACUGCAGAACACAAUUUGGAUUUAAGUUUGGGAAAUUCGAGUUCCAAGCCUAGCAAUGGUCAAGCGUUGGGGAAUCACUUAACAAAUGCUGCAAAUUAUGAUCAGCAUCUGCCAUCUGAAUCUAAUUGGCAGAAUGGGGGAAACAAGCAUAAGCUCGUGAAUAUACUACCAAAACCAUGCAUUAGAAGUAACAAGGAAGCAAAUGGAAGAGAUGUGCACGGAGAGAGUGAAGCAUUGAGGAUGCUAAGUCAAACUCACCUUCAUUCUUCAGCCUCAAAUGAAAUGCAAAGAUAUGGUCUUUACAGGUCUCCUGGAGAGUCUCAAAUGCUUCACAAUUUUGCACAUAUUCACCAACCAAAUUUUCAUUUUCCCAGCAGCAGCAAUGGAGGCCGUAUUGGAAGUGAACUUUCGUUAUCAAUGACCGAUCAACAACAGUGGCAAUCCGGGCCUCCACAUUAUGUAGCAACUGCUGCAGCAUCAUCAGGAUUCCCACAUCAGAUUAGACCCUCUCAUCAAGGGUGGCUGCAGAAAAAUGGAUUCCAUACUCUCAUGAGACCCUCUUGACCCUAAAUAGAAAUUUUCUGCCUAGCCAUUUACAUUCAAAUAAUCUCUUAUUUUCUUUUCUUAGCAUGUAAACAUGGAUGCAGUGUUAGACUAUUGUUCAUGAAGAAAAGCCCAUACAAGACCAAAACUUUACUAUUGAGGUGAAAGAAUGGAUAACAAAAGGGGGAAAAAAAAGUAUCCAAAUUGGGAACUCAAUGGUCUUAGUCUGGGUUCAGUCAAACUAACAAACGGACGAAAUCUUUACCUAGAUAUUCUGGGCUCUGACUAAAAUUUUCUGAUCUUAUAUAACUCUGAUUUAUUGCUUUUAUGCGUUAUGGUAUUUA